AUGUACGGAUUUAUUCCAUCACCGUACAACGUCCAGCUUCCUAUGUGUUUACUGUGCAAUAGAAUAUUAUCUAACGAAGCAAUGAAACCGUCGCGUUUGCAAGAGCAUCUUCAAAAAAUUCACCCAGACAAACAAAAUAAAAAUUUGUUAUUUUUUACGAAUAUUAGGGACAGGUGUUUGAAGGCUCCGUCAGUCUCAGGCUUACUCACAACUUCUUCAACACAAUGUGACGAUGGUUUAAUAGCCUCUUAUAAUAUAUCAAAAUUAAUAGCUAAAUCAGGAAAAGCUCAUACCAUUGGUGAACAAUUGAUACUGCCAGAUAUCAAGGAAGUUCUAGAAACAGUUCUACACCAUUCAGCCUCAUACAAUGUCUUUAAAAAAGUUCUAUUAAGUAACGAUACUGUGCGACGACGAAUUGAUGAAAUGGCUGAAGACGUAGAAGUUUCUUUAUGCGAGCUCUUGGUAUUAUAACAAAUUUUCCCUUCAAGUUGACGAAUCGACAUUGCCUGGUAACGAGGCUUUGCUGUUGGCGUAUGUUCGACUUUUUAAGGAAGGAAAAAUCAUACAAGAGAUGCUUUUUGCAAGAACCUUGAUAGCAGAUACUAAAGGUGAAUCUAUUUUCAAUACCGUCAAAUAUUAUUUUAAAGAAAAGAAUAUUCCUCUUGUGAACAUUAUGUCUGUUGCCACUGAUGGAGCGCCUGCAAUGGUGGGUUCAUCGCCUUUUUAAAGAAAGAAGUACCAGGUAUUUUAGCUGUUCACUGCGUGAUUCACCGACAGCAUUUAGUUGCGAAAAUCCUGAGCGACCGUUUGCAUCAGUCAUUACGAUACAUCAUCUCUGCUGUCGACAAAAUUCGCAGUAAUUCUCUCAACGAUCGACUAUUUGCACAACUGUGUAAAGACGACGAAGAAUUCAAUCGUUUGAUUCUACACACCGAGGUUCGAUGGCUCUCCAAAGGCGCGUGCCUCAACAGGUUUUGGAAUAUAUUCGAAUCUAUACUUGAGUCCUUGAAGAGAAAGAUGUAGAUCUGAGAAGUAAGUUGCUAAAAUUUAAGACCGAUAUCGCUUAUAUGACCGAUUUAUUCGCAAAAUUCAAUGACAUCAAUUUGCAACUUCAAGGCGACGAGCUCAAUUUCAUAACAACUAAAUCUAUUAUUUCUGCUUUCCAAGAAAAACUAACUUUAUGGAAGCACAAUUUUGGUCGCAACGAGUUUGGCCAGUUUCCAAUCCUGUCAGAUAUACACAAAAACAGUAAGAUCUCGUUUGAUGACACACAAAUUUACUGUCAACACCUUCAAUCUUUGGAUAAAGAUUUUUCACAACGUUUUGAAGAUAUUUUGUCCCUGGAAGUUCCUCAAUGGGUCAUAAACACUUUUGUAAAUAUUGAAUCAGUAAAACUACAGUAUCAAGAAUUGAUCGAAAUUUCCACUAACGAGAUGUUAAAAGCAAGUUUUAAGAAUG